GUAUAGAUCUAGAAGUAUAUGUUUAUACAUAUACUGUAGGUGUAUUCCGUUGUAUAAGGUCUGACAUACAUCUGAUGGAAAUUUUAUGUUUUUUUUUUAUAAAAAGUAAACAAACAAAGAACAUUCCUUGAGGACAAAGGUGCUACAUAGGACAACAUAAAUUACCAUAAAGGAACAUGAAACUACACAAAACUAAGUACAUAAAGUGCAUGUGUGCAACAUUUAUUGCAAAAGACAAAACAACAACAUAAUACAGAGAGAUAAUACCCAGUAAACACAGUGACACUGAAGCACUGACCAGUACGGUAUAGAAGGUUUUGGCAAAUUGAUUGUAUGUAUGAAAAUAAAUACUGUACAUGUAAAUACUAGGAGUUUUAGCAGUAAUUGUGCAAAACAUUACGUUGUGCAAACUGUGUGUCAGUGCAGUCUCUUCAUGUUGAGGAAUCUGAUGUAGUCUAAAAUGUAGUGAGGUAAAGGUUUACUAUAUAUGAAAGUACUCUGAUAAAGUGCAGACACCUGAACCUGCCUUGGGGCUGUAAAAUCUGUGUAUAAGCCUGGGUUGCUUUUUGUAAGGAAAAAUCUGGCAACCCUGAAGUCUAAGACCAUUUCAGCGUUGCUCCGGAUUGAGGCACCAUUUUGGCUCGAGCGUCAUUGCGCCCCCUCGCGGGAGUGACGCGUGACUCGGCGGCGUGACGUCAGCUUCAGCACCGGACAGCUCCAUUCCCCCUCUAUCUCUUCGGCUCGAUCGACGAAAGCCCCGUUUGCCCGAUGGGACUCAUUCCGAUUCGUCUGCACUCACGCGGGCUUAUUGGUAAAGAAGGAGAAAAGGCGAGCGGAAAGAAGGGACGCAAAGAAACGACGCUGCAGCCGGAAUCCGAGGGGGAGAAGACAAUCUGAUCCCACCCCUCACUUGACAACGCGACAACACCGAGCUCCUGAGACACGGUAUUUUGACAUUAAACAUCAGUGUUUCAGCCCUUUCAUGUGAACAUAAAGGGCUUCAAAUCUUGGGUUUUUUUAGAUGAGCGUGGCUGCCCAUGGCUUGUGUCCAUGAGCAGUGUCCCUCCCCCUCCCUUUCGGGAUUUAGUACCCCGAUUUCUGACACUCCGUUUCGCCGGCCAGACUCUGAUGUAGCUGCAUGUACCCCGGACACUGAACUCACUCCCACACAGUGUGUCCUGCGUAACGUAUUGUCCAUCGAUCCGGUUGGGGAUGGGACCCACACACGAGGCAACACCCCCACUCCUAGUGAUGACCCUGCACAGUUCUCCAACAGUGUGCUGAAGCUGCACGAAGGUGGAGCCGAAGGGGGAGCCAUGCGCAAUCAGUCUGAGAGCUUUCGGCUGCAAGCAGGUGGAGGAGGCUUUCUGGAGGGACUUUUUGGUUGCCUGAAGCCGGUGUGGACUAUGAUUGGCAAAGCAUACUCUACUGAAAACAAGCAGAGCCAGGAAGAGUCCUGGGAGGUACCCUUCGAAGAGAUCUCUGAGCUACAGUGGGUGGGCAGUGGGGCUCAAGGAGCAGUCUUCCUGGGAAAGUUUCAUGGUGAAGAGGUGGCCGUGAAGAAAGUGAGAGACAUCAAAGAAACAGAGAUCAAACACCUCCGUAAGCUCAAGCACCCCAACAUCAUCACGUUCAAGGGUGUGUGCACACAAGCUCCAUGUUACUGCAUUAUCAUGGAGUACUGUGCACAGGGGCAGCUGUACGAGGUUUUGAGAGCAGGGAGAAAGAUCACACCAUCACUGCUCGUUGACUGGGCAAUGGGGAUCGCAGGCGGGAUGAACUACCUCCACCUGCACAAGAUCAUUCACAGAGACCUCAAAUCACCCAACAUGCUGAUUACCCAUGACGACCUGGUGAAGAUCUCAGACUUUGGUACAUCAAAGGAGUUGCGAGAUAAGAGCACAAAAAUGUCCUUUGCCGGCACUGUGGCUUGGAUGGCACCAGAAGUCAUAAGAAACGAACCUGUUUCAGAAAAAGUGGAUAUAUGGUCGUUUGGGGUGGUUCUCUGGGAGAUGCUCACAGGUGAAAUCCCCUACAAAGAUGUGGACUCCUCAGCUAUUAUCUGGGGAGUGGGCAACAACAGCCUGCAGCUGCCUCUACCAGAAAGCUGCCCUGAUGGCUUCAAGAUCCUCUUAAAACAAUGCUGGAACUGCAAGCCCAGAAAUAGGCCAUCAUUCAGACAGAUUCUGCUGCACCUGGAUAUUGCCUCAGCCGAUGUGCUCUCCACCCCACAGGAGACCUACUUUAAAUCACAGGCUGAAUGGCGUGAGGAGGUAAAACAACAUUUUGAGAAGAUCAAAUCUGAGGGAACAUGUCUGCACCGACUGGACGAGGAGCUCAUUAACCGUCGUCGUGAAGAACUUAGGCAUGCCCUUGACAUCAGAGAGCAUUAUGAGAGGAAGCUGGAGAGAGCAAACAACCUUUACAUGGAACUGAGUGCUGUCAUGCUACAGCUGGAGCUGAAAGAGAAAGAACUGCUUAGAAGGGAGCAGUGUUUGGAUAAGAAAUAUCCUGGACUGUUUAAACACCAUCCUUCAAACACUGUGGACAAACUCAUUAAGAAGAGGAAUGUACCCCAAAAGCUUCCUUCACAUAGCAAGAGACCUGACCUUCUAAGAUCAGAGGUAAUCCUCCCUAAAAUGGACCCUGGUGUGGUGCAAGUGACAGUUCCUUCUUGUACCAACCGGACCUCCACCUCACCAAGUCGUGCCCGGAGGGUGAAAACGCGACAUCGCAGGGGAGGCCGAGGCAGCAGUGGUGAUCUCUCAGGGCCCAAGCACUCUGCUGGUACCUCCAAUAGAGAGAGAGAAACCCCCACAUUGGGUACUACUGCACCCAGUGGCACUCCAGCAACCGAUCAGACAGUGGGUACUGUGUCAAGAGGAAGCCAGAUGGAAGCCCCUCCAUUAAAACUGUCCUCCUCCAGCCCAGACCUGCUUUGCUCUACCCAUGGAGCCGAGGGCGGAGCCAGCGGUGGUGCUGGUAGUUUGAGUGUGUGUGAAGGGCUUGUUAGCGGUGUCAGAGGCGUGGCAGAAGCCACUGUGGGGAUGGAUGAAACUCCACCACGAAGCGACACAGCAAGCGAGGAUGCCGCAUCUCUACCAUUCUCUAGCAGUCCUGAUUCACCCUGCUGUGCAAGAGGUGUGGCAGUGGGGCGGGGACACACGCUGGGGGAGGAAAGGGAGGAAGGAACCGGGUCGGUGCGAUUGCCGAGGGGAGCGAGUGGUAGUCAUUUGACUCCAUCAGCUAUACUUUACCGAGCAGCUAUCACACGAAAGCAGCGCCGUGGUGUGUCUUCAGAGGAAGAGGAGGGUGAAGUAGACAGUGAAGUGGAACUGCCAAGGAGACGACGGCCAACCAGUAUAUCCAAGUGCCAGUCCGUGUCCACCUUCAGCUCGGAGAAUCUGUCAGUCUCUGAUGGAGAGGAAGGCCAUACCACUGAUCACUCGCACAGCGGCACACCCGAUGUGGUCAGCACCAAUACGGAUGAGAGGCUGGACGAUCGAAGUGAUGACCUCAUCUCGCAGGGCUCUGAGAUUCCUGCUGACAUCACAGACCCUGCGAUCUCGGAGAGGGAGGCUGCUGCUCUCGAACAGGAGCGAGCAAACUUCGACCUGGAGCAAAAUAUUUUGGAGACUCGGGCAUUGUGUGAAGAUUCGGAUUGCGACAGUGCCGAGCUGGACCAGUCAGGGAGUGGAGAACCAAGUCGCCCCCCAAGUGCAGGAGGCUGGGGUCAGGGUCCCCAGAACUAACAAACCUGCAUUUAAAAACACCCAGCCCUGUGCAUUUGUACAUAUUGUAUAUAUAUAUUCACCACAACACCUACCAGCACACUUCCUUAUUUGUAGUCACACCAAAACACCUGAUACACCAGACAUACACUUUUACACAAAACACAAUAAAAAUGCCUCUCUUUGGGCCUGUAACAAACCAGUGAUAAAGAAUCAAUAAAUUAAUGAAUUUGAAAAAAGUCAAUAUAAGCCACAUUAAGAACAUACCUUUACAUAAACUGGUCAUGAUGUCACUGAGAUUCCAAAGACCAGGGCCCCAUUCUUUGUACAUGGCUCUCAUAUCAAUAUAAUUAAAAAAAGUUUUAUUAUUA